AUGGCAACAAAAUAUAUAUCAAUUUUGGAAAACAGAUAUGGGAUUAUCAAAGUGAUAGGAAAGGGUGAAUUUGGAGAAGUUUAUCUGGCUGAAAACCUCUAAACGAAACAACAAGUAGCAAUUAAGUAAGCAUUGAAAUCAGAGUUGGAAAAAGUCAAAAAAAGACAAGAGUUGUUUUAAACUGAAAAGAGAAUCAUGGAAAUGGUCAAUAAUGACAAUGUGAUUAAUUUGAAGGAUCACAUUGAAACUAAAGAUAAGCAUUAUUUGGUUAUGGAAUAUUGUAAUGGUGGAGACUUGGAUUCCUAUAUCAAGCUACUAAGAGAGAAAAAUAAGUAACCGCUUUCUGAACGAUAAGCGAAAGAAUUCCUAAAACAAUUACUAAAUGGUUUCAAGGGUUUAUAAGAUUUGUUUGUCAUCCAUCGUGAUCUCAAACUAAAAAACAUUCUCGUCAAUGAUGGAGUCAUUAAGAUUGCUGACUUCGGUCUCAGCAAGGUUGGAGAGGUGGGAGUUACUCAGGUGGGAACACCCUACACAAAGGCUCCUGAAGUUUUCAAAGGCAGAGGCAGGAUUCGAUAUGAUAAUAAAGCAGAUAUCUGGUCCUUGGGAGUUAUUUUCUAUCAGAUGCUCUUUGAUUUGCAAUAUCCUUUCGUGGGAUAGAAUGAGAAGGAUUUGUUUGACAAUAUUGAAAAGGCCAAGGAUUUAAACUUCGCACCUGCUAAAUCCAAUGUGAAGAUUAGUGAAGACGCCAAGAGAUUGCUUAGAAGGAUGCUGACAAAGGAUCCAAAUCUACGAAUAACUUGGGAACAAUUGUAUUAGGAUCCUUAUCUUGAAUUUGGACAAUAAAAGGAUUUGGGACCCUUUGAUUAAUAUUUCUAGAGCAUCAUGAAUAAAUUCAAAAUGAUCAAAGAAUUGUAAUAAAAAAUUUAAGAAACUCUGGGCAAUAGUGAGAGUUUGAGAAAGGAUUACAAAGUUAUUAAAAAUUUAAAUUAAUAUUAUGUUUAGUUUAUGCUUGCUAAACGGGUAAUUAUUCUAUCAAGGAUAUUGGAAUAAUUGUUAUAAGAACUAAAAAAUCAGUAAAAAUAACAAAGCAAACCAUUACAAUUAAUAGUCAAAGAAACAGAAGAAAAUUACUAUGUGUAUUAGUUAUAUUAUGAAAAUACUAAAUUCAAUUUAGAGUCCUUUAUUAAUAGGAGGAAAAAAGAGUAUAAAGAUUUCGAUGAAAAAGUACUCAAUGAGAUGUAAAACUCUAAAUGUAAUUGUUAUAUUUAAAAUAGAAAUGGAUUGGUCAUACUAUACUAAUAUUGUGUUGAACUAUUUUUAUUGCUUAUCCACUUAGGCUGA